AUGGGAACCAGGAACUUUGGUGAAGAGAAAGUUUUCAUGGUUAUUGGGAUCAAUACCGCUUUUAGUAGUGGAAAGAGACGUGAUUCAAUUAGAGAGACUUGGAUGCCUCAAGGGAAGAAGCUAGACUUGAUGAUACUCUAUCAUCUUUCUCAUCCAUGGUCAUUUCAUGUGGAAAAGGAGGGAUACAUGCAAUUAGAUACAGAAUAUAAUCCUUCUUCUGGAACAGAUGGAUGGUCAAUGUUAGAGAGCUUGGUUUUAGCUGAAGUUGAGGUUGUAUCUCACUAUAUAUGUCGGCACAAAUUUCUCCGCUGUAUUGAAUUGGAAUUGACCUUGAUGACAUCUGCAUGUAUCUGUUUCAGUGCAACAUCCAACAACAUGUUAGACCGAGCCAUUGAUUCAGAAGAUGCUCAGCAUAAGGAUUUCCUUAGGCUGGAGCAUGUUGAAGGAUACCAUGAAUUGUCUACAAAAACAAAAAAUUUCUUCUCCAUAGCAGUUGCAAAGUGGGAUGCAGAGUUUUAUGUCAAGAUGGAUGAUGAUGUCCAUGUUAAUCUGGGUAUGCUAGCUUCCACACUUGCUUGCCAUCGAUCAAAGCCCAGGGUGUGCAUUGGAUGUAUGAAAUCUGGACCUGUUCUUUCCCAAAGGAAUGUCAGGUAUCAUGAACCAGAGUAUUGGAAAUUUGGAGUGGAGGGGAACAACUACUUCCGACACGCAACUGGGCAUAUAUAUGCUAUCUCAAAAGAACUGGCCACUUAUAUCUCCAUUAACCAGCCCAUAUUGCACAAGUAUGCUAAUGAAGACGAGCCUCUUGGUGCACGGUUUAUUGGUCUUGAGGUUGGGCUCAUUGAUGACCGCAACAUAUGCUGUGGGACACCACCCGACUGCGAGUGGAAGGCACUGGCUGGCAACGUGUGCAUUGCCUCUUUUGACUGGAGCUGCAGUGGAAUCUGCAAAUCCGUGGAGAAGAUCAAAUUUGUUCAUGAAAAAUACGGUGAAGGAGAUGAAUCUGUAUGGAGUGCUCUCUUUUAAAAUUAGGUGGAGUUAUUCAAUUGUGGUUACUGAGAAGGCGGGAUGCAGAGUUGAUAUGUGGAAGGCAGUCUCCAUGGAUACUGUACAGUUCACCAAAUUCCGAACAUAUACCUUCAACUUCUGAAUGAUGCCCAUUUGAAGAGUGCUGGAGCAAGAACUUUGGAGUGGAUAUUUCUGUAGA